UCUUGGCCAGGACACCUUCAUCAGUCACAAAGCCACAAGCCAAGAACCAAUACUUGAUCUGUUGUUUCCUUUAGCUCCCGGAAGACUUUUCGCUGCACCGACCGAUCUCGAUCAUGGAGGAUGAGAGGAGCACCCAGUCGUACCAGGGAGGUGAGGCCGCCGAGCAGGUGGAGGUGACGGACAGGGGCCUCCUCGGCAACCUCCUCGGCAAGAAGAAGGCGGAGGAGGACAAGGAGAAGAAGGAGGAGGAGCUGGUCACCGGCAUGGAGAAGGUCUCCGUGGAAGAGCCCGAGGUCAAGAAGGAGGAGCACGUGGAUGGCGAGAAGAAGGAGACCCUCUUCUCCAAGCUGCACCGAUCCAGCUCCAGCUCCAGCUCGUCUAGUGACGAGGAAGAGGAGGAGGUGAUCGACGACAACGGCGAGGUGAUCAAGAGGAAGAAGAAGAAGGGUCUCAAGGAGAAGCUCCAGGAGAAGCUGCCCGGCCACAAGGACACCGAGGGUGAGCACGUGACGGGCCUACCCGCACCGGCGGCCCCCGCGUCCGUGCAGACCCACCAUGACACCGACGUCGUCGUCGAGAAGAUCGACGGUGACGUGAAGACAGAGGCGACACCGGCAGUGCCCGAGGAGGAGAAGAAAGGCUUCUUGGAAAAGAUCAAGGAGAAGCUGCCCGGCGGCCACAAGAAGCCGGAGGACGCUGCUGCGGUGCCCGUCACGCACGCUGCUCCGGCGCCCGUCACGCACGCUGCUCCAGCACCGGUGCACGCGCCGGCGCCGACCGCCGAGGAGGUGAGCAGCCCUGACGCGAAGGAGAAGAAGGGCCUGCUGGGCAAGAUCAUGGACAAGCUGCCUGGUUACCACAAGACAGGGGAGGAGGACAAGGCCGCCGCCGCUACAGGCGAGCACAAGCCCAGCGCUUGAUCGCCGCCGUGCCCGAGACCCGUGACCGGACCUCGAUUGAAUUGUUGGCGUGUGUUGUGUUUGCUUUACGUCUAAGUUGGUGUCAAGGUGGGAGGGGUUGAUCGUCUUUGAAGGUCCGGUCCGUGAAGCCCGUUGAGUGACGGGUGCUUCUGUUUCAGUCUUUGAAGGUCCUGGAUAUUGUUAAGCUUGUUUACUUAUGGGCACUUGUGUAUUGGUUUAUUGCUGGGCAUUAUGCCUUGAUAUUAAAGAUUUCUGCCCAGUACA